AUGAACUUAAUGGAAAAAUACCCCCAGGGGUGCCCGAGAGGGGGGGAGGAUGAGCACCCCGGUCGGACGGACACAACGGCAACAGACCCAAGCAAUGGACAAACGACUAUGAGCAUGCAGUGUACAUGCGGUAAAGUCUGCAAGAACAUCCACGGCCUAAAGAUCCACCGAGCGAGGAUGAAGUGCCUGUUGGGAGAAGAAGCAACACAUCGCACAGGUGUGCAACCUGGUGAGACGCAGGAGGAGCCAGGCCCGGAGUCACCCCAUAGUGCCCGGAACCUCCAAGUGUUGGAAACUAAUCCCUUGGGCAUCAAAUCUGACAGGAGGCGGAUCAAAUGGCCAGCAGCUAGCAUGACGUCAUUGUGGAAGCAGUUCGAUGACGAUGUCGACCAAAUUCUGGAGGCAACGGUAAAGGGAGAGGCUGACGGGAAGCUCCAAGCUAUGACAACAAUCAUUGUCAGUAUCGCUGCUGAACGAUUCGGCGAGGAGGAGAAGAAAAGCUCCGGAACAACGUACUCAAAGAAUCAAAGAGCUGUGAGGAUCCACAACAUCAGGCAGGAGAUGAAAGCACUGAAGUCCCAAUACAAGAAGGCCGGAGAUAAGGAACGUAUUGGCCUGGCCCAGCUAAUGUGCAUCCUGCGGAAUAAGAUCAGGGUUCUUCGCCGGGCUGAGUGGCAUCGGAGGCGACGCCGUGAGAGGGCACGCAAGCGUGCUGCCUUUAUCUCCAACCCCUUCAAGUUCACUAAGGAUUUGUUGGGGCAGAAGCGCAGUGGUAAACUUGCCUCCUCGCAGGAAGACAUAGACCAACAUCUGAAGCAGACGUACAGCGACCCCGCAAGAGAGCAGGAGUUGGGAGAGUGUAACAUCCUCAUAGACCCCCCUGAACCGGAGGUGCAGUUUGACAUGUCAGAACUGCAGCUAAAGGAAGUCAGGGAGGUUGUCCGCAGAGCAAGGGCACGCUCUGCUUCAGGACCAAGUGGCACUUCAUACAAAGUGUAUAAGAACUGUCCCAAAAUCCUGCUGCGUCUGUGGAAAAUCCUGCGAAUCUUCUGGAGAAGAGGGAGGAUCCCAGAACAAUGGAGAGUAGCUGAAGGGGUGUGGAUCCCGAAGGAGGAAAACUCCACCCAGCUAGACCAGUUCCGCAUCAUCUCCCUGCUGUGCGUCGAGGCAAAGAUAUUCUUCAGCACUGUUUCCAAACGGCUGUGUACCUACCUGGGUCAGAACACCUACAUCGACACAUCUGUCCAGAAGGGAGGCAUUUCAAGAAUGCCAGGCUGUCUGGAGCAUACCGGUGUAGUGACACAGCUCAUUCGAGAGGCAAGAGAGAACAAGGGCGACCUGUCAGUGCUUUGGCUUGACCUGGCAAAUGCAUUCGGCUCCAUUCCACACAAGCUGGUUCAGCUCACAUUAACAAAACAUCAUGUCCCCAGCAGAUGUAGAGACCUCAUUGCUGAUUACUACACCAAUUUCAGGAUGAGGGUCUCCUCGGGAGCAAUAACAUCUCGUUGGCACAAGGUGGAGAUCGUCAAGAGCUUGGGCAAGGUUUUUGACAGCUCUCUGAGAGAUACCACAUCUAUCCAGUCGACCUGCACUGAGUUGGAUGGCUGGCUGAAAUCCGUGGACAAGUCAGGCCUACCUGGAAAGUUCAAAGCCUGGGUCUACCAACAUGGCAUUCUUCCCAGGAUCCUGUGGCCCCUCCUUGUCUAUGCAGUCCCCAUCUCAACAGUGGAGACCUUAGAGAGGAGGGUCAGUAGCCACCUCCGGAGAUGGCUGGGAUUACCAAAGAGCCUGAGCAGCCUCGCACUCUACGGGAACACCAACAAACUGCAACUGCCCUUCAAAUCCUUGGAGGAAGAGUUCAAGGUAGCAAGAGCCAGAGAAGUGGUUCAGCUCAGGGACUCACGAGAUCCGAAGGUGGCUAAAGCAGGGAUCCAAGUGAGGACUGGUAGGAAGUGGAGGGCUGAGGAUGCAGUUCAAGAGGCAGAGGCAAGGCUGCGUCAAAGAAGCCUGGUGGGAGUGGUCACUCGAGGCAGAGCUGGGCUAGGCUCCUUUCCAAUUCCCCAAUUGAAAACCAGCGGGAAGGAAGGGCGCUGCCUUGUUCAGGAGGAGGUGAGAGCUGCAGUGGAGGAAAUUAGAACUUGCAAGGCAGUGGGAUUGAAGCAACAGGGUGCUUGGACAAGAUGGGAGAAUGCGGUUGAGAGGAAAGUGACCUGGGCCGAGCUGUGGAAAGCCGAGCCCCACCGCAUUAAAUUCCUCAUCCAGGCAGUGUACGAUGUGCUUCCAAGCCCAUCUAACCUGCACACAUGGGGCAUAGCAGAGACACCAGCAUGCCCAUUGUGUUCCAAGCGAGGAACCCUGGAACACAUCCUCAGCUGCUGCACCAGGGCACUUGGAGAUGGUCGGUACCGCUGGAGGCAUGACCAAGUCCUUAAGGCCAUUGCUGAAACCAUCAGCGCAGGACUUGUGUGGGCGAAGCAGUUCCGACCCUCCAAGAAAAUCAUCGCCUUUGUCAGAGCUGGGGAGCAGCCAACCCCUGCCAGAAAAACUUCUGCGGGCAUUCUAACCUCUGCAAGAGACUGGCAGCUGUUGGUGGACCUUGAACAUCAGCUGAAGUUCCCCAGCCACAUUGCAGUCACCACCCUGCGACCAGACAUUGUCCUCGUGUCUGAGUCCACCAAGCAGGUAGUGCUGCUGGAGCUGACCGUCCCAUGGGAAGACCGCCUGGAAGAAGCCUUUGAGAGGAAGCUCUCCAAGUACGCGGGACUGGUCAGUGACUGUCAGCAGGCUGGCUGGAGAGUGAGGUGCCUCCCAGUUGAGGUUGGAUGCAUGGGUUUUGCAGCCCGCUCCUUGUACAGAGCCUUCAGCACUUUGGGCAUCGAGGGAGAGAGAAGGAGGAGAGCCAUCCGCAGUACCACCGAUGCGGCAGAGAGGGCCUCAAGAUGGCUGUGGCUCAAAAGGGGAGAGCCAUGGAGUCAUGGUAGCUAGCUAGCCAUCUGGACACAAGCUGGGGUCUGAUCAGCCCCUGCUGGGUCACCUGGAGGAGGGUGUAUGAUGUUGAAAGACCCGAAACACCCGAUGAUUCCAGGCACAUCACUGAAGAUGUGUCCAGAGGCAUCAGUAGAUGUAUGUACACA